AUGACAUCCAGAACCAUUUACCUCGUUUCGUCUCGCAAUGCAGAGUUUCAACGGGCGCACUUUGCGAUCUUUGUUCCUGCCGCCACAGAGCCAGACCAAGGAACGUUGAUCGAGGCUGUCGGUGCACCGAUGACUGGUUACAUCCUUGAAUUCAAACGAAAUUACUCUCCUAUAAAUGACACACAAGAGCACUAUUCUCUAAUACCGCUUGGAGAUGUCGAUGCUGAAAAUAUCGUCGAUGCUACAACUGAUAUCAAGAGUACCGACUACGAGCCCAGAGGGAAUAUCGAGAUUGCCGCCUCACAGGUGACUCCUCCCGGAAUUAGUGAGAAUUUCCUGGCCCCAGUGAAUGAUCGCAAUAACAAACGAUGCCAAGAAUGGACAAUGGAGUACAUACGCCAUCUCGUGUCGAAAAAAUUGAUAACAUCGGAGGCAAUUCAUACUGUUCAAUCUAAGCGUGAUCCACCGAGCCACGGUGUCGGGCUACAGUCUACAUUGCGGCGUUCGAGCUAA